AUGUUGUCAUCCACUGAUCCCUUUGCAAAAGGUGAGCUGAGUAGCGCUGUUAGAUUUGCUGUGCAAGCUGAUUCACGCCUCGGAAUUUCUUUCAAUGUUCCCGAUAACAAAGCACCUUCCAUCUCUACUGACACCAAAGGUCCGUUACCUUGCGAGAACAUCCUCUACAUUCCUUCAUCGCCUCGCCCAAGAUCGUGCUUCUGCUAAGCUGAUGGCCCUCCCUGAUUAUUCAGGUUCCUCCUGGUUAUUCAACGGUCUAAAUUUGAGGUUGAAGGACUGGCGAUUCAUUCAUUGUGCAAGAUUGAACAUUGUACCAACUAACCAAAACAAAUCCUGUUGGUCCGAUUGCUCUACCCUCUGCCGUGUUUGUAAUUCCCACCAUGAAACCUUACCCCACAUCAUCUGUCAUUGCAACACCCACCUGGUUCAGAUUCAUGAGCGUCACAACACUGUGGUUGAACGCCUCAAGAAAGCUGUCCGCUACGGCUGCGUACGUGUCAAUCAACAGGUUCCUGGUGUUGAUGACGAGUGUUGUCCUGACAUUCUCAUUGAUGAAGGAUGUGAAGUUACCAUCAUUGACGUUACUUGUCCCUUUGAGAAUGGUGAUGAUGCGUUGGCCACAGCUGAUUACAACAAGCUAAUCAAAUAUGACCACCUCAAGGAGCACUUCCAUCAACUUGGUGUUAAAUGUGACCUUUUUGCAUUUGUGAUUGGCGCGUUAGGUACCUGGCAUCCAAACAAUGAAGCUGUGUUCAAUCAAUUGCGUAUGUCGAAGACCUACAAAUCACUCUUCCGAAAAUUAUGCUGUUCUGACGUCAUCAGAGUUUCAGCAGAAAUUUAUUAUAGCCACAUGAAUGACUUUCAAUAGAACUUUAGUAUAUGGAACGUUAUAUAUUUAUAUAUAAUUAUAGAUAUAUAGAUAGAUAUAUAGAUAGAUAUAUAGAUAGAUAUAUAUAGAUAGAUAGAUAGAUAGAUAUAUAGAUAUAUAGGUAUAGAUAGAUAUAUAGAUAUAUAUAUAGAAUUUCGCUUACCUCAAAUUUCUGCAACAGUCUGUUUCAUCAGUAAAAAUCAUCAGGCGGUAUGACAAGUUUCGAAAAAUAGGGCUGCUUAUAUGUGUUUUGGCCGGAACGUGGGGGUGUGUGGGUGAAACAAAACAUGCAUUCAUCUAUUGUUUGCGUUGUUUACGCGGAAAUGCCUAAUCGAAUUGUGGGAGUGUAUUGUUUGCGUUGUUUACGCGAAAUUUCUUCCUAUGUCUGCACGUAGAUAUAAUUUCCAUUCUUUUAUUGAGUAAAAUGAUGGAAAACUUUACCGAUGAAACAGACUGUUGCGGAAUUUUGAGGUAAGCGAAGUUCUACAUUUGCUCUAUCUUUAUGAUAUUGAGCACUCUUUGCGUUUCGUAUACACAAACCUACUCAUAUAUAUAUAUAUAUAUACCAACUUGCCUGUAAAACAAACUCCUUCUUUGCGUCCUUUAUAUGUCUGAUGCAUGUACUAUUUGUAUAUAUACUCCUUUUGAUAUAUAUAUAGUUAAUACUCCAGAGAUUUGAAACUUAAUAGGAAAGAACUUUAAUAAUGAACUAUGAAUGUCUGAACAUUUCCGUUAAUUAUUAAAUAGAUGAACUUAAUGAAUUAUUAACUAGAUGAACCAGGUGUUUUAAUAGUAUACUUUAAAUGCAACUACCUAGAAAUUAUAAAUAACAGUUUUGGCUUGAAUAAAUCUUUACAGUUCGAGGACCUUUACAGUUCGAGGUGAUUUCUCAUUAUUUGAUUUCCGGUCACCUAUUCUCGAGGUACAAUUGUUUUAUUUAUUUUGUUUGUCAAGUUUGCUGUGUGCAUGGAUUUCUGUCCACAAUAUUGUUAGGAUGCCUAUAUAUCAAGCAUCUAAUGCGAUCGUAGGUACUUUGCCCAUUGAGGCAUUAACGCUUGCACCUACUUUGAGUGGUUUAAUUGAUGCUUUUGAAAAGCAAUUGAAGGAUUAUAUGAGAUGAUCUUUUAAAAACAUGCAACUUAGCAACUGAUCCUUUGUAAUUCAUCUUGCCAAUCCUACUGAUGUCGAUGUUUAAGUCCGUUCCUACAUCUUCGGCGUUCACCCCGGCUGUUCAGCCUACCGUUAAGGUUGUUGUCGGUACCUUCGCCAAGUAUCACUAUUCCUCCUGUGACAUCUCUUCCUGUGGAAACUCCAGUACAUGUCCCUUCAUUGUGCCCUGCAUCUCGGUUCGCUUCCACCACAGUGGCUGAAGGUACCAGUCCACAUCCUGUCACCCCUGCUAAUCCGUCAUCUUCCCUCAACGCCAUUCUUUCAUAUACAAUUGUUGUUCAACAACUCGAUGAUGUUCCUGUGCAUGUGAGCUCUGAGAAGUCUGAUGAGGAGCAGCCCCUGAAAAAGUCGAAAGUCAUAGGUAGUGAUCCGAAGUGA